GCCCGCCCCCAGCCGCCGCCACCGCCCUGUCGCCUCGCGGCCGCGCGCAACAGGCCGUGCCGGUAGGUUUGCAUUUCCUCACUGUUUGUCUUGAAGACUGAGUGAUGCCAAAGAAAGCAAAGCCUGCAAGGAAUGGGAAGGAAGCGGGGCCUGUUCCCUGUAAGCAGGCGAAGGUGGAGGCGGCUGCUGUGCCUUCUACCUUGAACUUUGACAGCCCCAGUAAUCUCUUUGAAAGUUUAAUCUCGCCCAUCAAGACAGAGACUUUUUUCAAGGAAUUCUGGGAGCAGAAGCCUCUUCUUAUUCAGAGAGAUGACCCUGCAUUGGCCACAUAUUACCAGUCUCUGUUCAGGUUGACGGAGCUGAAGAGUCUGUGCAGCCGGGGUUUGUACUAUGGAAGAGACAUAAAUGUCUGCCGGUGUGUCAACGGGAAGAAGAAGGUUUUAAAUAAAGAUGGCAAAGUGUAUUUUCUUCAGCUGAGAAAAGAUUUUGAUCAGAAAAGGGCCACAAUUCAGUUUCACCAACCUCAGAGAUUUAAGGAUGAGCUGUGGAGGAUCCAGGAGAAGCUUGAAUGUUACUUUGGCUCCUUGGUUGGCUCGAAUGUGUACAUAACCCCCGCAGGGUCUCAGGGCCUACCCCCCCACUACGAUGAUGUCGAGGUUUUCAUCCUGCAGCUGGAGGGAGAGAAACACUGGCGCCUCUACCAUCCCACUGUGCCCCUGGCUCGAGAGUACAGCGUGGAGGCUGAGGACAGGAUCGGGAGGCCGACACACGAGUUCACAUUGAAGCCAGGUGAUCUGCUCUACUUUCCCAGAGGGACCAUUCAUCAAGCAGACACUCCUCCGGGGCUGGCCCACUCCACUCAUGUGACCAUCAGCACCUACCAGAACAGUUCAUGGGGAGAUUUCCUUUUGGAUACCAUUUCCGGGCUUGUGUUUGAUACUGCAAAGGAAGACAUUGAGUUACGUGCUGGCUUACCCCGGCAGCUGCUCCUGCAGGUGGGAAGCACAACGGUUACAACAAGAUUAAGUGGCUUUCUGAGGAUGCUUGCAGACCGGCUGGAGGGCACCGAAGAAUUGCUUUCAUCAGACAUGAAGAAGGAUUUUGUUGUGAACAGACUGCCCCCUUACCGUAUGGGGCAUGGGGCAGAGCUUUCAACACCAGGUGGAACGUUCCCACGGUUGCACAGCACAGUGAGAUUUCAGUUUAAAGAGCACAUCAUCCUCAUGGUAGGGCUAGAUCAGGACCGAUCUGAUGAAACUCAAGAAAAAAUGGUUUACAUCUAUCAUUCCUUAAGGAACAGGAGAGAGACACACAUGAUGGGAAAUGAGGAAACGGAGGCUCAUGGGCUUCGCUUUCCCUUAUCACAUAUGGAUGCACUGAAGCAAAUUUGGAACAGUUCAGCUAUUUCUGUCAAGGACCUGGAACUUCCCACAGAUGAGGAAAAGGAAAGCCUGGUAUUAUCCCUCUGGACAGAAUGUUUAAUUCAAGUAGUCUAGUGCUUUUGCAGAAUCAAGUCUCUACUAUUUUAUAAUACGUAAUUUAAAAAAGAAAAGGAAGGUAUGUGUGCUGGGUAUACCCUGUUGUCUUGAGCUAGCAGGCUGGAAUGGUUACACACAUAAGCCAAAGACAGGAGCCAAGGAGAAGAUGAAUGGAGUUUUCCUUACUUGUGUCUCUACUAACACAGGAUCUACCUGUUACAGGUGGUCAGUUGGCUCUAUGUACUAUGAGAGACAUGGAAGACAGAAGAGCAAAUUACUAAGUGUCCCAUAGAGUGACAAAACCAUACUUUACACGAGUUUAUUUAAUCCAGUGUGGUAGAAAAGGCACAACUCCAAUAAAUGUAUUAUUUAAAUUUAUGUUGUUACCUGGCUUUGUCUUUGUUAUUUGGAAGAAACAACUUCUUUAAAGAGCCCAAAUGACUCUAUUAUUUAAAUUUAUGUUGUUACCUGGCUUUGUCUUUGUUAUUUGGAAGAAACAACUUCUUUAAAGAGCCCAAAUGACUCUAGAAAUUUUUUAAACAAGUAACAGAGAAGAAUUUAACUUGGUUUUUUUUACAAUGAAAAUAUACAUGGCUUUGUGUAUACAUAAGCCUUCCCUCCCCACUGCCCCCCAUUAAAAUAAAGUUAUUCCUGUAACAAGUUUCAUUAAAUAAUCCUGCCACACUGAUGAGAGGCACUCACAUCUGUGGGCAUAAGGGAGUUUUACAGAUGCUUCUUGGAAAGAUGACAAAUGAAGAGCCUGAGAUUGAAGGGAAAAUCCCCAAUAUUUACACUGAAAGACCAAGUUUCCAUAAAAAAAUACUCAACGGGUCUGUGUCUGAGUUUAAACUAUUUACUGUUAUUUUACAUUCUAAAGUGCAUAUAGGUUGAUAUUUGAAAAAUAUCACUGGAGAAUUUAAUGUCUAUAAAAACAGCAGACAUAUUUCUGCUUUUUGGCAAAAGUUGGGAAUGAAGGGAACAGCUGUCUCAGUGUAAGUUAAAUCUAACUCCGGAGGGAAAAAUGCUUGUGAAUUGUGCACUUACAGGUAGUAAUGACUACUCAAUACUAAGACAAAGAUGAUUUCCUACCUGAUUUUUGGUUAAAUAAGAGCUAUUUCAAAUGGGAGUGAAAAACCAAGAUUUGUUACUUAGUAGAGAAAUCAACUGGACCUUUACUUGAAAAGAAAAUGGCUGAGGUCAAGGCUCAAAUACAACUUGGCUUAAAAUUUGAACGUCUGGAAUGUGCCUUUACUUCCAGCAAAGAAAAACCUGACUGUUCUUAUGCUCAGGUGACACAGCCUCUAUAAACACUUCUCCUUGAAGGCAGAUCAGGCAAACUAGGGUGGGUCCCAGCACCAUGGUGGGCAACUGUUGGUUAGCCUUGUUGCCCAGAGGGACGUGUUUGUUAAUAACUGGAGUGCAAGGUUGGCCACAGGUUAUUUGUGCUCUUUUUUUUUUUUUUUUGCAAGGACUAAGGAUGGAAUUGGUCACCGAAAAUACUCCAAGUUGUGCCUUUUUCCUAACAAAACCGAGGUUCCUCCCUGGGGUCAGUUACAAGUAUAAAAACACUUGGGGUGCUGCCUCCAAUACAGAACCUUUAAGGUUUACCUAAUACAGCAGCUUAACAGGAAGGUUUAUUAUCAGAUAUGUUUUCAGAUGCUGCUAAAAGUUAGUCAUCUCUUUCCAGCAAGUAUGACCUGACCUAUAGGGAUAUGUUUCCCUGUGCCUUACAUAAGCAUCUACUAGAAUACUGAUUAUAGAGGGUGACAGUGUCCUAUAGUGGCUAACAGGAAUAGGAUUCACGUUUGGUGAACAGGAGAGAAAAUACAGACUUCAAGAGACAUCCUUACCAAAACUGGAGAACAAUCAGGAAUAAAACCUUCACCAGAAAUCCAAUCAAAGCGUGUCUUUACGUAACAUAUUCUUCAUAGGGACACUGAAAAACUGGCAAGAAUGUCCUGGGCUUUUCAUGGUUAAGAGCAAGAGAGUCUUGAAGCUUGGGGAAAAAGCUCAUCCUGCUGAGCAAUCCAGUAGCCUGAGGACAGCAGCUUCCUUUUCCAAGACAAUGAGGGACGUGUGGUUCCUUUUUCCUUUGCUCUUUCCAGGGAUGCUGUUGAUUUUCUCUCAGAGUAUUUCAAUGUCCCACUUCUGUGUUUCUUCUCCCUCCAGGGGCUGAUUUACAAUUACAUGAGUUUUGUCAUAAUAAUUCCCUCCUAAAAGAGAAAUCCCAAAAGAAGAGACUGUUUGUUCAUGCAGGUGCUUAGCCAUUUCACAAGUAGCUUUUGUUCAGCCUGCUGUUUGGGUAGAUUAAUAUGUCAUUUACAGAGUGGCCUGUAACGGGAAACUGAGUUGAAACAGGCUGAGCUAUUAUUGUUCACCUCAAAUUGGACCUUACUGUGACUCAAACUGAAGAACUAAAAGGCACAAUACAUGAUUGCAUAAGCAGUGUACCCCGACAAUGCGAUUCUCAAGAACAGAGUGCUCUGAGGGGGCUCUGGCUGAACGUCAGGUACUGUGUUUUUGUUUUCUACACCAACAGAGGCUAUGACUAGUCUAGUUAAAGCAAAAGCCACGAAUGAUGUUGGGCCUGACCUUGCUGAGUUCAAAAACGGAGGGCUUUUGAGGACCGUGGCAAUUCACAGGAAAAAGUUAGAGAUGUUUCUAGGAAACACGUGAUAUUCAUUGUAUGGUUUAUGAAGCUUCCAAUUUGAAAUCGCUUUCCAGGUUCAUACAACAAAUGAUCUUACAACUGUACUAAUGAAUAAAAACUUUUAGACUUUGUCCUUAGGCUUAGCUUGAUCCACAAAGGUACUUGUUUAAUUUCUUAAAACUGUAUCUCUUAAAAUUUUUUCAAGCAGAAUGAAAAAUGACUUAACAUUUCUCUUAAACAUAAAGGAUGUCCUUUACCCAGAAAAAGGACUUAGAAAUGAUAACCCCAAAACACUAGAUCUCAUCAAAGGCCCACCUUUAACAUCAAGGACGAGCUGAUCACUGAGGUAAGAGCUGAUAGUUCCAUCUUUGUUCAGUCUCCACUUCUGCCUGAAUUGCCCAUGUUCAGUCCACAGGGCUACUUUAGCUCCAGGUAUGUCCCGGCCGCCAAUCACAUCAAGACAUGUAUCACUGGCCUACAAGGGUUAAGAAACAACUUGGGAGGGACCGUGUUUGGUAAAAUGAAUUGGGUUUCUUUCAGGUAAACAAUCCAUAGAAAUUAAAUGAUUAUAUCUUAUCUAAAAAGAAUACUGUAUAGCAUAAUAGUACUUUCAGUAAACUUUUUUAAGUCUUCUUUUUUGGCCAGGGGGAGGAGAUGGUAUAGAAAUAAGCCCACUGAAAUAGAUAUACUUGUUUGUUAAAGGAUGCCUGCAUAUUGCGAUAGAUGUUCAAUAAGGGUUUGCUGAAUUAAAAUUAAACAUGAAGUCCCUGCUAGCUUAACGUGUAGUGAGGUGCUAAAGAUAACCAGAUAAUAAUUACUUUCAAAUGCUUUUCAUCUGUGUUGAAGCAAGAGAAAAAGUAGAUAAUUCAUUGGUGAUCCGAUAAGGUUAUAAUGUUUUUAAACUGGUGUCUUACUCCCAAUAGCAUCAACCAGAAUGGUCACCGAAAAGUAAUCUCAAUUUUAUUUUCUAAGCUUUCUCCCAUAACAGCAUCUUUCUUCUACUACUACUUCAUUGUGUAUUUUGAAAAUGAAAGCAUUGCAACAUGUUUAGAAUCUCAAAGACAGCUGAUUUUAUCUGGGCCACUGAGUAAGCAACGUCUUACAAAAGCACAUUGUCCAAUUCAGAGCCAGUGAUACAUAUCAUUGGUUUUAAAAAAAUCAUUUAGGCAUACCUUUGUUUAACUUAAAUAUCAAAACUGGAUUUUCUAGAUGAAAAAAUUUAGCCAUUUCACUUAAAUGCUUUAGUAAUAAAUGCCUGUCAGUAUAUGGUCAUACAAUGAACUAUCUAAGAAUUGACAUUUUCAGUCCAUUUGGUUUGCACGAUUCUAGUUUCCAAAAGAACAGACCAAAGACCAAAAGCAGGGGGGUAUUCAUUUAUGGGGUUAUGCACCAAAACUUCAGUGGUUUGAGUUCACCCAGAGGCCCCUUGGAAGAAAAGGGCUGGUAAUUUACUUCUGGAAAAUCAACCAAUGAAAACCCCACGGAGCACAGUUCUACUCUGACAUACACGGUGUCGGCAUGAGUCAGAACUGACUCAGUAGCAACUGGUUUGGUAGGUUACCUUGGAUUUAAAGAGUCCUCGACAGUAGUGCCAGAUCUGGGUAUUUUUUCCACUAUAGGGAGAAAUGCACACAGAUGUUGCCCUUGUGUCAGCUAGGUUUCCAGUGACUGUAAGAUACUCAUCCUGGGCUCGGUUCUUUAUUCUGAUGUACACUGCAGGCUAUGACAAGGGGAAAGCAGAGCCAUUUAAAAAUAACCUUUUGAAUCUAGAGAUCAAUACUUCAAAGAAGGAAAGCAUGGAAGUAAGAAGUGACUUUAUCAGCUUCAUUCUUACUCCUUUUAGCAAAUACAUUGAAACAAUUAUGUACAAAAUAGUAUUUUCUAUUGACAAAUCCUUAGACUAUGGAGCACAAAGUUUAAACUGUACAAUCUCUGAAAAGUAUGAAAAUUUUUGGAAAGGUAAAUUGAAAUAGUUUCAUUCACCAGAACUCCAUGCGGCGAGGGCUACAGAAUAAUUAGGGACUUUGGUUUCAUCCAAUAACUAAUGUGUUCUGUUGGGCUGAGGGAGGUAAGGGAGUGGGAUUAAGGGCAAGGUACCACUACAAAGAGCUUGCAAAAACUCAGGAAACAUUAAUUCCAACUAUCAGAUGUACUGUCUUGUGCUAUGAUUAAGUGCCAAAUGACUGCAAUGGCAAUUCUUGAAAAAACCCAGGUAGCUGAUGACCCCAGUGGCUGUGGUUAUCUCUGCAUACAUAAGACCUUCAUACCUCUUCAAAGGAAGAGACCAUGUACGUUUAAUCACUACUGAGGUAUUGAAAAUGGCUAACAAUGGACUUCAUCCUUUAAAACUUAAUAUUUUAAGAUAAAAUAUUAAAUCUAGGGCUUGCCUCAAAGGAUGAUGAUGUUGUUAGGUUCUGUCGAGAUGGUUCUGACUCACAGCCAUCCUAUGUACAACAAAAUGAAACACUGCCUGGUACAGCGCCAUCCUCACAAUCAUGGCUGUGUUUGAGCCCAAUGUUGGAGCCACUGUGUCCAUCCAUCUCAUUGUGGGUCUUCCUUUUUUUUUUUUUUUUUGCUGAUCCUCUACCAAACAUGAUGUCCUUCUCCAGGGGCUGGCUCCUUCUGAUAACAUGUCCAAAGUGCAUGAGACGAAAUCUCACCAUCCUUGCUUCUAAAGAGUAUUCUGUUUGUACUUCUUCCAAGACAGAUUUGUUCGUUCCUUUGGCAGUCCAUGGUAUGUUCAAUAUUCUGUGCCAACCCCACCAUUCAAAGGCGUCAGUUCUUCUUCAGUCUUCCUUAUUCAUUGUCCAGCUUUCACAUGCAUAGGAGGCGACCAAAAACAGCAUGGCUUGGGUAAGGAGCACCUUAGUCGUCAAGGUGACAUCUUUGCUUUUCAACACUUUAAAGAAGUCUUUUGCAGCAGCAGAUCUGCCCAAUGCAAUACGUUACAUUGUUUAUUUCUUGACUGCUGCUUCCAUGGGCGUUGAUUGUGGAUCCGAGUAAAAUGAAAUCCUUGACAACUUAAAGCCUUUCUCCGUUUAUCAUGAUGUUGCUCAUUGGUCCAGUUCUGGGGAUUUUUGUUUUCGUUAUGUUGAGAUGCAAUCCAUACUGAAGGCUGUAGUCUUUGAUCUUCAUCAGUAAGUGCUUCAAGUCCUCUUUGCUUUCAGUAAGCAAGGUUAUGUCAUCUGCAUAUCACAGGUUGUUAGUAAGUCUUCCUCUAAUCCUGAUGCUGUGUUCUUCAUAUGGUCCAGCUUCUCAAGAUUAUUCGCUCAACAUACAGAUUGAAUAAGUAUGGUGAAAGGAUACAACCCUGACACAUCUUUCCUGAUUUUAAACCAUGCAGUAUCCCCUUGUUCUGUUGGAACAACUGCCUCUUGGUCUAUGCAAAGGUUCCUCUUGAGCACAGUUAAGUGUUCUGAACUCCCAUUCUUUGCAAUGUUAUCCACAAUCGACUCGAGGGCACUGGGUUUGGGCCACAAAGAUGAUAAAUGAUAUUUAUUGAGUGUUCAGUAUAUGCCAAGCAGUGUUCUAAAUGCUUUCUGUGCUAUAUCAUUUGUCAGAUACAACUUUAACAAACCUUUAAGAUUAAAGUACAACUGUGACCCUAAUUUUAUAAGGUUAGCACAAAAUGUGAAGAAGCCGGGUCUGUUCGUACCAAAAUCCUCCCUCUUCACCAGGAUGGUUGAAGGCCUGUACUGAAAUGCACGAGUUAGUCUUAGACACAGGGAAUGACAGACUACUUCCAAAGAUGGCAGUAAGAUUCUGAAAGGGUAGGACACAUGCUCGAAGCUCAACAAAAAAACUGGUGUUCUUUCAGCUCCGUGACUGGCCUCCAGCCAUAAUGUAAAAUACAGGACACCCACCUGCCUUGGGUUGGGUGUUGGCAUCUCAAUUAGAAUCUUAGCUAAAUAAUAACAAAUGUAUUGCUAUUUAUUAGGGUGCACUUACAUUCUGAGAAACAUAAAUGCUAGGUAAAUGCAAUGUGAUAUUAUGGUAAUGAGUGAAUAUCCUACUGUUUUGAAGCUUAUGAAAGGCCAACACAAGGUUAGCUGAAUUUUGGUAAAUUGUUACCAUGUUUUGGUAACAAUUUGGGCAAAUCAGCUUUAUGAUUUGAGUAAAUCAGCUGCAAAAGAUCUCUUUGAAGUGUUGAAAAGCAAAGAUGUCACCUUGGAGACUAAGGUGCACCUGACCCAAGCCAUGGUGUUUCCAAUCGCCUUAUAUGCAUAUGAAAGCUGGACAAUGAAUACGGAAUACCUCAAAGAAGAACUGACACCUUCGAAUUGUGGUGUUGGUGAGGAAUAUGGAAUAUACCAUGGAUUGCCAAAAGGAGAAGUACAACCAGAAUGUUCCUUAGAAGCAAGGAUGGCGAGACUAUGUCUCACAUACUUUGGACGUUAUCAGGAGGGAUCAGUCCCUGGAGAAGGACAUCAUGCUUGGUAAAAUAGAGGAUCAGCAAAAAAGAGGAAGACCUUCAACAAGACGGACGGACACAGUGGCUGCAACAAUGGGAUCAAGCAUAGCAACAAUUGUGAGAAUGACGCAGGACAGGACAGUGUUUCAUUCUGUUGUUCAUAGGGUUGCUAUGAGUCGGAACCAACUUGACAGCACCUAACAACAAUAACAACAACAAUGAAAAUAAACAUUCUGAGCACUUAAAUAGACAAAUGAUUACCUGGUUAUUUAAAGCAGGUGAAUAAGAGCUUUACUUGGGCUAAAUGUUUUAAACCACUUUUAUAUUCAUAAUGCAACAGUAAGGUACUUAAAUUUCUAUAAUUCAGCCUGGUUUCCCAUUGAAAUUAUUACGAAUUCUUGAAGUUUCAGUAUAUCUUUAUUAUGGUUCAUUACCUGGUACACAUCAGAAAACAGACAUGACCUUCACAGAUGAGAGAGUUCCAGUUACUUGAGGACCAAACAUCACAGUUUUGAUAAAUUAACUCAAGCAAGGUACUAAUUAUCCUUAUUACGCAUCUGUAGUCUGACUCCUAUGUAAUUAUAUUUAAAAACACUGAUAUGCAUUGUAAGUACCUUAGUGACUUCCUAAUUCCCAACCUCAAAGAUCACAUUUGAAUUACUCUUGUAUUUCUAAACAAGAAUAUGAAUAAACAUAGUACCAAUAGCCUUACCAAAAAGUUAAAUAUGACCCAAGAUAACUGUUGCAGAAACCAAAGAUCCCUUUGCUGGGAUUCAAAGCUGUGGCCUUAAUAAACAGCAAGGAAAGUAACUUAUUGAAGUAUUAUUUUGAAAUUUAAUCAGAAUAGGAAUCAGAUUGUUUCUAAAGCACAAUGCAAGAGAAAUAACAAAUCGUGUUGUCAAAAAAUUUCUGUGUAAAACUAGAGGCUAUACUGUAUCUCAGGGCCCUGGAAAAUGGGCAGGGACAUGCUUCCCUACCAAGGAACCACCAUUCCAAAAGAAGGAAAAUAUUCUAGUGUUAAACUUUGCUUCUAAAGUUCCUAACAACAAAGGGUUAGCAUCAUUAUGUAGCUGGUAAAGGCUAAACCAACAGGAUUCCCACUUCUGCCCUGCUUUUUCCUAUGGCUUUUCAGUGGGAUUACCCAUCUGAUGCUACAGGAAUGAAGAACAAGCACGAUGUAAAGAUCACCGGAUCGUGUAGCACAUGUUCUAUGCCUGGAAAGCUCGCUACGGUUUUA